UGGCGGCUCGGGGCUGUCCCCACGGGGGUGGCCGUGUCCCCACGGGGUGGCCGUGUCCCCUGGCAGGAGCUGGUGGUGCAGAAGGGCUGGCGCCUGCCCGAGUACACGGUGACGCAGGAGUCGGGGCCGGCGCACCGCAAGGAGUUCACCAUGACGUGCCGCGUGGAGAGAUUCGUGGAGAUCGGCAGCGGCACCUCCAAGAAGCUGGCCAAGCGCAACGCGGCCGCCAAGAUGCUGGUGAGGAUCCACAACGUGCCCAUGGAGCCGCGCGACGGCAGCGAGGCCGAGGGCGAGGAGGACCAGUUCAACAUGACGUGCCCCCGGCUGGAGGGGCUGCGGGGCCGCGCCCCCGGCUGCACCUGGGACUCGCUGCGCAACUCGGCGGGCGAGAAGCUGGGCCAGCUGCGGAGCCGGGGGGGCAACCCCGCGCCGGGGGGGGCCUGCGCCCUCCUGCAGGAGCUCUCGGAGGAGCAGAGCUUCGCCAUCAGCUACCUCGACAUCGACGCGCUGAGCCUCAGCGGGCUGCACCAGUGCCUGGUGGAGCUGUCCACGCAGCCGACCACGGUGUGCCACGGCACCGCCCCGUCCCGCGACGGCGCCCGCGCCCAGGCCGCCCGCAACGCGCUGCAGUACCUGCGCAUCAUGGCCGGGGGCAAGUGAGCCCUGCCCGGGGCAAGUGAGCCCUGCCCGGGGCAAGCCAGCCCUGCCGGGGGGCAAGGAAGCCCUGCCCGGGGCAAACAAACCCUGCCCGGGGCAAACAAACCCUGCCCGGGGCUAGCCAGCCCUGCCCGGGGC